CUGUGUAGUUUCUGCCAGACUGUAUGAAACAUUGAACCAAUUACUCUUCUACAGGAUUGUAAACACAAUAGAUUUGACAGAUUGGAUUGAUGAACGGUCGAAGCCUGGAGGGUGUAUUCCCUUAGCAAUAACACUCGUGAUGGAUGUGCCGAAUAUUGGAUUCAUUAAGUGUCGUGAAAAUGCACGUGAAAUAGACAACGACGCAGUUUUGCGCUCAACCUUGGGCCAUAUAAGAAUCCAUUACAAACAUUGUUUGGUCAAAGGUCUUUACAGGAAAUGAGCUCUAUUGAUCCGAAAUUCGUGCUCUCAGCAAGACUUCCUACAACAAAUGGAAAAACACAAAAUAAUUACCAAGAUAUUGUAUAGUGUCAAUCGUGCCCCAUGUGUAUCGUUAGCUGGAUGAAAAAGGUGCUCAUGCGCAUGAGUGCAAUGUGUCCUGACGUCACCAUAGUUGACGCCUCUUGUGAUCCAAGUAGGGAGGACAUCUCCGGUUAAUUUACAAGUUGUCAACCGCCGUUGGGCUAGACUCACCAGCGCAGAUCAUCAGUGGCACUUGACGCGCUCUGUUUCAAAGGAUUGGAGAUUUCUCGCUGAUUGCCGGAAGGAUGUGCAACAAAUUAAACAAACGAAAACAAAAUUUAUUUUUUUAGUUCCACAUGUAGUUGAAAGUUGGCAGGAAAUCAUGGCAAACCAUGCGGAAAAAGACGGUCAUUUAGGACCAACGACGUACACGCUAGUUUGUAAUGACGGCAACGCUACAAGUAGCUGGAACCAGGAGACGGGGUUCGAGUCCUACCCACCAGAUCUCGAUGGCGUCCGACAGUUUAUUCAUUUAGCUUGUGCUGGGAUCGGAUCUCCCCUUAAUGUUAUGGUAGCCAACGUGAUUAUUCGACAACGCCGAUUGCGAAAUCCUCGCAAUACCUUCUGGCUGGGUGUCAUUUUCUGUAAUCUGCUGGCUCUGACCAAUGCAAUUAUUGAGUACGUGGCUUUCGAGCUGAUGAGCGCACAAGCAUGCAUAAUCUUCCGCAUUACCGCUGGAAUUCCAUAUACUUUGAUACUAGUCAACCUCCUACUGGCCACGCUGGAUCGAUGGGUUGCGUUAACUUACCCGCUUUUCCAUCGAGAAACCGUGAACGUGAAACUUGUUGUACUCGUUCAACUGUUUUUUUGUACGCUCGUUAUAUUGCUGUCAACUUUUCCUUACUGGACCGAAAUGAUUCCGUUGAACGAGUGCGGUGUUGACACAAUAGUUCUCGAGUGGACAACUGUCGUCUUUUUGAGCUUGACGUUACUUAGCAUAAUGGCCCAAGUGCAGAUCUACUUCAAGGCCAGGAGUUGUUUGAGAAAAGAUCUUACGAGGCACAUUUCCAAUCACCAACAAAAUCGCAUAAACCGGCUGGAAGUUGAAGCGACUGUGACAUUGGCGUGUGGGGUCAUGUCUCUGUGCUUUUUCAGCUUGCCAUUCUCGAUCGUUUGCAUGGUUGACUGGAUUUGUAGACAUCAUCAAAUUUCUAAAAUUGAACCUCUUCAAUGGUGUUCGUUUGCGCAGUCUGCUUUGCCGUACCUUCGUGAACUGUUAUUAGUGCAUAGUGUUUACAGCCCAAUCCUGUACAUGAUUCGUAGUCGGGAAUUCUCCGAAGCGUUUCGAUCGACUAUUACUUGUCCGUAGAGCCAAUAGAAAUGAACCAGCGUUGAGUGCACAAAUUCAACUGAAACUUAAAAGGAAAAAAAAAAAUGCGACAGGGAAAAUAGAGUAAUAUUUUUUUUAAUGGUCAUCGCACUACAAAAUAAGUCCCGAAUAACCGGAAUACACAUGUUUGAUUUAA